CAGCAACCCGAGAAGCGGUGGCUGGCUAUCCAAGUCCGCUAAGAAGCGGCGGACGCAAACAUGCCUUCGAAUCGUCCGAAACGCGUGCGUUUCAUCGCGAUCGUGUUUUCUUUAGCAAUCGCAUCUUUACCGCAUGCUGAGCAGGCAGGUGCUGGAGGAGGUGGCAUGUUUGGUGAUGUCAACAUAUCCGCAAUACUGGAUUCACUCAGUGUCAGCUACGACAAAAGAGUGAGGCCUAACUAUGGCGGACCUCCAGUAGAUGUGGGAGUCACCAUGUACGUGUUAUCCAUCAGCUCUCUAUCCGAAGUGAAAAUGGACUUUACUUUGGACUUCUACUUCAGGCAAUUUUGGACGGAUCCAAGACUUGCAUAUAAGAAAAGACCAGGCGUAGAAACUUUAUCGGUGGGAUCUGAGUUUAUUCGCAACAUUUGGGUGCCAGACACCUUUUUCGUCAACGAAAAGCAGUCUUACUUCCACAUUGCUACUACAAGCAAUGAAUUCAUUCGUAUUCACCAUUCUGGAUCUAUUACACGCAGUAUAAGAUUGACCAUCACCGCUUCUUGUCCCAUGGAUCUUCAAUACUUUCCAAUGGAUCGUCAGUUAUGCAACAUAGAAAUAGAAAGCUUUGGCUACACCAUGAGGGACAUCCGAUAUAAAUGGAAUGAGGGGCCUAACUCUGUAGGUGUCUCCAGCGAGGUUUCACUACCGCAGUUCAAAGUGCUCGGGCAUCGACAGAGAGCAAUGGAAAUAUCUCUUACAACAGGAAAUUACUCCCGUCUGGCUUGUGAAAUCCAAUUUGUGCGUUCAAUGGGAUAUUAUUUGAUUCAGAUAUACAUUCCAUCUGGUCUGAUUGUAAUAAUAUCUUGGGUUUCAUUCUGGUUGAACCGCAAUGCUACUCCGGCGAGGGUGUCUCUUGGCGUAACCACGGUGCUGACAAUGACUACUCUUAUGUCUUCGACAAAUGCUGCUCUGCCAAAAAUCUCUUACGUAAAGUCUAUUGAUGUCUACUUGGGUACCUGCUUCGUCAUGGUCUUCGCAAGUCUACUAGAAUACGCAACGGUUGGCUACAUGGCUAAGAGAAUACAGAUGCGCAAACAACGUUUCACUGCUGUUCAGAAAAUGGCUGUUGAGAAGAAGAAUCAUGUUGACUGCCCACCUGGCCCUUCUGAGCCGUUGCCUCCUCCCCGUGCAAGCACACUGGCACGACCUACACCUCCAUGUCGUUCAUCGUCAUAUAACACACAGGAAGUUAGAUUCAAAGUGCAUGACCCGAAAGUAUACUUGAAGAGCAUUCCUAUUGAGAAUACCGUGAAUGGCGCACGAGCUCCUCCGGCACCAGCUGCUGCUCCUGCUCCGCCAGCAGAAGAAGAAAUACCACCGCAUUUGUUGCAAGCUUCUAAGAGCAUCAAUAAACUCCUGGGCACUACUCCUUCGGAUAUCGACAAGUACUCCCGCAUUGUAUUCCCCGUUUGCUUCGUGUGCUUCAAUCUAAUGUACUGGAUCAUUUACCUGCAUGUGUCUGACGUCGUGGCUGAUGAUUUGGUGUUACUUGGCGAAGAGCAUUAAGCACGAAUUAACUGAUUUUACGGAUGAACUGACUUGGCAAGAAUUUCGAGUGAUUUUAAGCUGUAUUUCAACUUAGACAUGUCGCUUCUAAAUGUAACGGUUUUUAUCAGUAACACAAUACUUUCAUUCAUAUUAUAAUAUUUAUCUGCACGAAAUCAUAAUAAUAUCGAUGUUAUAAUAGAUGAAUAACAUUAAAAUAUAUAAAUUGAUCCAAAUAUUAAUGUAACUUAGUAGACAUAGGACUUUCCUUUUAAUUCAUUAUAUAGUAUCUAAUAUCAAGUAAUUUUUUUAUUAUAAUCUAAUAUGUAAAGAAUUUUUAUUAUAACCUGUAUUAUUAUUGCACACACAAUUUUAUACACUAAACAUUUAGUCUACACUCCUAUAUAAGAUAUAGUUAAAUUUAAAAAAAGAAGUGUGCCUCCUACCUAAUAUCUGAAUAAUCUUCAAGAAUAUUGAACUGAAGCAACAAAAAAAGACAAAAAAAUCGGUGAAGGCAAAUUCAACGACAUAGCGCGUAAAGGACUCUGAUUAAAUAGAUUUUUUGUAGCAUUUUAAAUGUAGGUUGAAAUUCUAAAUACACUAGCCUAUGAAAUACACAGUCAAAUAUCUACUUGCACAGUACUUAGGCAAUUAGAUAAUAUUAGUUUUAUCGUGUUAGGUACACGCCACAUAAUAAGAUCUAGAUAUCUACAUAAUAAUUAAGCCUUUGUCUUCGUGUUUGAUCUUGGUUUAAGUAUAUACCUAACAGAUUUAUCUGUUCAUUUUCGACAAUAUUUUUCUGUGUUAUAAAUAUUAAGAGCUGUGUUUUAACUAUCACUUAGCUUUAUUAUGAAUAGAUAUGAAAACUUCCAUUCGUAAUACUUUGACAAUAUUAUUUAAGUAAUACAUGAUUAUGUAUGUGUUCCUGCCUAUCGGACAUAGGACUCGGCUCCCUAGGUGGUAUGAUGACAGCUAGCUGACGCAAAUACAAACUUCUAAAAUAAUAUAUUUAUUUAUAAUAUUCCGAAACUUAUUUUUUUUUCUUUUUUAUGCCAAUCACACUUUUGGAAAAUUAUUGUUUAAAUAGUAAAAUAAAUAAAUCUAUUUGAUUACCUGAUGAUUAUACAAAAUUAUCGAUAGUUAUAUGCUGUUGAUAUUUAUGUUAAAGUGUCGUCAAAUAUAUUUAUUGCACUGUUUAUUUAUCACUUAGCUUUACUAGCAUUGACCAGUAGUUAUUAAUAAGUGUAUGUAAUAGGGGAGACCUAUUACACAUCGAUAUAUUUUUGUCGUUUCGGAGGAUGUUUACGAAGAAAUUAUUGAAGUUUAUAUCAUGAAAAUCGCGUGUCAUGCAGCGAUGGCGUUAUGAUUAGUAUUAUUGUUGAAAUUAUUUUAGGGAGCCUAAAACAUAUGUAUAAUAUUUUAUUGUUAUACUAUAUAUAAUUUCCAAACCUUACUAAUUACUGUCAAUUGCCUCUUUAUUCUGUUAAUUCGUUAACAAUGUUAUUCUAUAAAUUAGUUUAUUAAUGUUAUUCAAAUAAUAUUACUAACUAUAACUUAACAUAAUGCGAGGGUUGUAAUGUAAAGAAUUGUUGUAUAUUAUAGGAAGGCUUUCAAUUUGAGUCAUUUAAUACAAAUGUACCUACAUGAAUAUAAUAUGUAUGCAUAUAUUCAUUCCUGUACUCUACCCAUAACUUUUAGCGAGUAUGUCGACUUGUGCGGUGUGAAAUUAUUAUUUUUUCUAUUCCAUGUUUAAUUGAAUGUAGUCGUGUUAUAUCAUCCUGAUUUACGAAGUUAUUUUAAUAUGGUGUAAGUAAUAAAGAUAUUAAUAGUACUUUAGAUUGGUGGUUUGAUUAUUGGAUGAACGUUCAUGUACGAAAUGUUUAAUGUAGCCAGAAUACAUUUUAAAUGCAUUGUACAUGCGCAUAAGCAUACAUAAAUUAGCAGUAUGAAACAACGAGUAGUAUUUUAAUCAUGGAUAGGAAAAAAAGCAACCUUAAAAAGAUUAUGUAUUAUGUGAUCCAUAUUAAAAUUAAUAUGUUUUUAAAACACAUGUAAUUUUGUAAUGGAUUCAAUAAAAUUAAGGUUACAUAAAAUAUUUGGUAUGUCGCGAGUUGUGAUAAAAAUUAGAUUAGUUGUUAGGAAAAGCAGUUUUACAAUGGAGUAGGAAUUGUGCAUUGCACAAUUGGUUAGAAGAAAUAGUACAACCUUAAGGGAAUAUUCGGCGUGCUCAAAUAUAUUGUAUAAUUGAAACAUUCAAAUGUAGUUGAAACUUGAAGAUAGCUUGAAGGUUUCUUAGGCAGUGAAUAAAUAAAUACGUUUAUGCCUAUUUUAAAUUGAUAUAGAUAACAUUUUGUUCGUAAGUGUUAUCUGAUUUCAAUUUGUAAAAAUUGCAUAGUAUGUGAAAAUUUUGUCGGAGGUUCAAUAACGUAUAAAACUACAGAUUGUUUUUUAAAAUAAAAUUAUUUUAAUAAAGGUUUCUAUUUCUUUCAUAGAUGGAAGUUAUUAAAUAGUUACUGUUUUAAUACAUUUUAUGAACAAUUGUUAAUUAAACUAAAAUCAUUAUAUUAUUUAUAAUAAAUCUCAUAAAAAUGUUAUGUAAUUGCACUUAGAUAAGAGUAGCGUAGAUUGCCGGUGAGAGAGUGGAUGAAUUGUGUUAUGAAGGUCAAAGAAACAAAGAACAUUCACAUUAAAAGAAAAUAAAACAAUUUUUCAGUGAAAUUUUUGUUAUAUCAGAUAAUUCAAUUAUAUUGUCCAAUAAAUGAUAAAAACUUGUUCUGUGCAGUCAAAGUCAAUGGGAUAAUAAACUUUGGAAAAUUAACCCAAACCAUCCGCUUUCUUUCCGUGUGAAACCAAAUUCUAAAUCACAUUCAAAUAAAUAUUAGAUUAAUAUAAAUAUCGAUAAUGCAAUAAGUAAUAAAUAUAAAAUAUUUACAAUAUAAUAACAAAGAAUAGUUUUAGUAAAGCACUUAAAAGCAAAAAACAAGUCAAAGAUUAAAUUGAGUUUUUAAAAACAUAUGAAGUCCUUUUGUUAAGGGGCUAUUUUAACUCAAAGAUAAAUUGAAAUAAACUAAUGAUUUUGAUUGUUGUUCUUUUACUCAACUCCUUGAACAUCUCACUUAUUUUAUUGCGAUCUACAACCGAUAAGUGUAACUUUAUAUUAUAUAUUAUGAUGACACUCUUUGACGAUCAACGUAUUUUUUAACACUAGUUUUUAAAUUAAGUAUAUAUUACUUAUUGUCAAUUAAUAAUAAAGUAAUUUAUCUUCAAAAUCUAAGCUUAUUUGAGUUUAACAAGUGAUUUGAGAUUAACUUAUAGCCCCUUAAUAACAGGUUAAUAAAUAUUUCGUUCUAGUGUGAUGUAAUCAUUGCGAAAAUUUUAUAUUGUAAAUUGAAUGUUCUAGUUUGAAAAAGAGUGGUUAAUCGACGCAUUCACAAACAUUAGCAAAAUAUACGCAUGAUUUGAAAUAUUUUAGUCAGAUAUUUAUUUGAUCCGCAAAUUAUCUUUAUAUUUAGAAAAUUAAGCAAUAUCAGGGCUUUAUCAUAUAACUAGUUUUUUACUUAUUAGAAAUAUAAGUUACUUUGAAAUGAUAUACGUUUAACAAAAAGUAAGUUUAGUUCUAGCUAAUAUUAUAAAUAUUGCUUUGAAAUAUAACGAAAAAAGAAGCAAUAUUUUUUUCUCUAGCUGUUGAUUUGCGGCAUUACUAAGGGUUACUACAUUCAAUGAAAUUAUUUAUAAGAAUAAACGUUUUUGUUAAACCCACGUCGGAAACUGAGUUCAUAUGUGUUUUGCACUGAUGUGAAUGCGUACUAGUAAAAAUAGUAAGCCUAAUCAACAAUUAUGCCCUACCGUAAUUUAAUUAACACAGUACCUAGAAACGAUGCCUUUAAUAUGUAUAAUAGAUAAUAUUAUUAUAUUUUUUGGCAAAUUUGAAGGUACAGACCGGAAGAACGCGAAAAAUCAAAAGCAUAACUAAAGAUGCUAAUAUAUUUUUAUUAUUGUACACAUUGAUUCAUAGGAAAUAUAGACUCAGUUUUACAUGUUUAGAGUGUAUAGUGAAUAAUACCCUGUUUUACGUGUUGCUAUAAUUUUUAGUAUAACUAUGAAUGUAAUUGUGCCAAAAUCAGGCUGUAUUAUUUUCAUAUGAAAACUUUGUUAAAAUAUCUUGUUUAGUUUCUUAGUAUUUAUUUAGUUAAUUAUUAUUAUUAGAAUAUUAAUGUUCUUGAGUAUGUGUGAUUGCAUGAAUUGUUCAUGUCGUUAACUUUAUCACUAACUAACAUUCUGGUUCGUUAAAGAACAUGAGUUUCCGUAAGCCCCUUCUAGGUACCUCAUUUUAAAAAUAUUUACCUUAAUCUUUUUAUCAUCUGUAAAACUAUGAAAAAUAUACACAAUCAAUGUAAAUUUGUAUUCUUACAUUCUGUCACACUUCAUGUAUCUUAAUAUUUUAAAUUGAUUUCCUGUGAUGUGUUUCUGUAUGUCUUUUUCAACCUCUCAAAGAUUAUGUCAUACAUAUUCAUACGAAAAUAAUAUUCAAAUCAGGCUACUCAAAACCUUAUAUCCUUACAGGGUGCUUGAUUGAACACAUUACUCUGUACUUACACUUUAAAAUAUUAUAAGCUCUAUUGCAUAUAUAGCAACAUUAGCCAUUGAAAUAAAUACAAGGGCGUGCAUUCAACAAAAAAUUUGCACUCUGUGCCUGUAAAAUCUAUAUAGAUACAAUAACAUCGUAAUAAAGUAAACACUGUAAUUUAAAUUUAUCUACAAAGUUAAAAAGUUCUACAAACAGACCAAAGUCAAAACAUCAUUUUAUACAAUUUUAGUCUGUUUGUCUGUGCAUCCGGGAUAAACGGAAUAAGCUACAUGCAGCCAUAGUGUUUUCCCUGCUCUAACGACGUGAGCAUGUAGUAAACAUAUUUAUCUCCUUUCAUAGAAUUUUGCUCUAUUCAUUAUUGAAAUACAAUCUUCAAUAAAGUAUUUGAUAUGAAGCUGAUUGGGUCCCAAGCAAUAAACCAUUUAAGGUGAAUUUUUUAGCUCUUCAAACGGCUUAUUUACUUGUCUUUGGCUGUAUUCGCCUAUAAAUUCUUGGCUUAUGAUGUCAAUGAAAAGAAGAGAUUCAGAAUAAAGCAGAUGGAUUAUAAAAAAUAAACUUUGGUGGACUGUUUCCACUGCAUUAUUACUUCCACGCUACAGCACGAAAUAUCCUUAUACAUUUCCACAAAUAAAAAUAUACAUGAAUUUUAGCUGACAAGCUAAAGUUUAUUGUUUUAAUAAUAAAAAAAUGUGGAUAGCUAGAGAAUAUUGUCUAAAUUGUUAAUCAGUAACAUUUUAUGUAGGUUUUUUUUAAUCAUUAGUUAAAUAGAGGUGACACUUGAGGGUUUAUUCAAAAAUCAGUUCUAUAAUUGAUCAUGUUAUAUUGAGUAAUAAAUGUAACACAUACAACUUCGUUUGAAUGUACGCCCUCCAUGCAUUAUUUUUUCUCAAUUUUCUGCCACUGCUUAUACUAUAUACUGCGGUUACACUAUACUAUAGUGCUGAAAGGAGUUUUAAAAAGAUUAUAUUUUAUAUCACAAAUUCAAUUAAUUUCGGUUAUUGAUAUUAUACUUUAGAGUUAUUUUUAAGGUGGCUUAGCUAAGUAGUGAUCCCUUGAAUCUUCGUAGACUCUUAAAACAAUAGGAAAUUUAAACAUUUAUAUAAGUAUUAGUUUCCUCAUUGUAGUUUACAAUAACUCAAUAACUUACUCUUAUCAUAUUUCUCAUCAACACCAUAGUUUUUAUCUCAAAUAUCAGCUAAAUCACAAUGUAAUCUUUCAAAUGAUUCUGUAGUGGUUCAUAGAUAUUUAAUAUAAGUAAUAAGUACUUUAACAUCACUUUUUCAUAUUAAAAUAUUUGUAUUAUAUUUACAUUAAAAUUUAUUUACGUAGAGCUAUUAGAUACGCUAAAUAUUUUUGAAUAUUUAUAUUUUAACGUUUGUAGUCAUUUAAAUGUGAAUUUUAUUUGAGACUGUACUAAGUAGUAGUUAGUAGUAGUGGAGAAAUAGUUUAAAAAAAAACUACUACUCAUCAGGUCAUUCCUGUUAAUAAAAAAAAUUGUUUGCAAGUAAAUUUUAAUUAAUUUUUAUUGUAAUUUAAGAAACUAAAACAAAAUUUAAUUUAUCAGUACCUCUGUUUCUAUCUAUAACAGGUAUUUAUUGAUUUAACUAACGCAUUCAUCUACUACUUACUAAGGAAAUUAAUGUAUACUUUACUUACAUUUUGUUAGUUUAAAUAAAACAGAAAAUUUUAAUUGUAUAUUGUAAUAUUGUUUAAACUUAUGUUUUCAAUAUAUUAAUGUCCUUGUAUAUUCUAUACAAAUCACUAUAAUAUUGUACAUUUGUAUACUAGAGUAUAUUGCGUUAAAACUUCCUCACAAGCCAGUAUUCAAAAUUCAUUCAUUCAAAAAUUCAUUUUUUUUAUAAUCUUACAUCGGAACGCUAAGAGCAGAUGAAAAAAUCAUACAUAUGUAAGUCUGUUUGACUGAAAUCUGACAUUGAUGAUAUUUUGUAAGAUAGAACUUUCUAUCUGUAUUAGAAACAAGAUAUUAAGAGUGUGAAUUGUCUUUUUAAACAUCAAGGCAUUAAUGGCAAGUUAGAGUAUGAGGUAUUACUAGAAAUCAUACCUAUUGGGUUCAUGAAGGUAGGUAAUAGACGAAUGAAUACGGAAAACUGAUAUAUUAUCAUAAUUAGAUAUAAAAGUCUAAGCUGACACAAAAAUAACUAUGAGGAUGAUUCUUUGUUUUUACAAGUUUCUAUUAAAAAUUUCAGUGUUUUUUUUUUUAUAAAUUAUAAAGCUUUACAGAUUACCUAGCAAUCAGUAAAAUGAUUAGUUUAUUUCCGUACUAUAUAUAAAUUGAAUUUGAAGAUAUUACGAACGUAUAUAACAUUCAAAUCGUACACGAGUAAGCUUUUUUUGACUAACAUCUGUAUUUUAUAAAAUGUGAGAAAUAUUGUCUCAAAUAAAAUUAUCGGAAAAUGUAUUGAAUAGCAUGUUAUAAGUGGGGAACAUUUCAUUUAAGGUACAAUAUUCCUUUUGAUUUAAAUCAAAAAUAUGUAUGUGCCGCGGUUAUGUUAGAACUGUGUUCCAUAAAUCAUUUCCCAUAAUAAACAAAUUUAUUUACAGAAUAAAUUUGAUUAAAAUUUAAAAUUUAGAAAAACUCAGUUUCUUGCGCCCGUUCGACACUGGUUGGUACAUGUUUUCGAAUGUAUUUUGACGAUUUUUUUUGGCAAUAAAAUCUUAAAUUUUUUGAAUUCAAUUGAAAAUUUUUUUUUAUGAAUAAGCUGUUGAUGAACGAAACCAUGUCGAUGCUGUAAGUAACGAUUAUAAUUUGUGGCACCAUACUGAAUUACUAAAUAUUAAUAGGUGGCAUAAUCGUCCUUCGAAAAAUUUCAUAAGAAAUAAAAAGAAAAUCAUGUUUAAUUUGAUUUUAUAAGAAACCUGAGCGUCACCGAAUUGUACAGGCGACCAGAAAAUUGUCAAAAUAUCAUUGCUUUACAGUGUCACUAAAACCAUUCAGUGAAAUUAAUUAAUUAAAAUAAUCACUAAUUUAAGACUUCGAGGGCUUUGACAAUAUACCUACACAUUUAAGAAUAACUUUUAAAACACAUCAAAGUACAGCAAACGAAGCACUUCUUUUAUUCUUUGAAAUAAAAAAUCCGUAACACACAUCCUAUUAAUAUAUAUCCUGCAUCAUUUAAAAUUUAAAUCAACCCGUAACAUAUGCUGCAAAUUUUGCCCGAAAUUCUUCUAUUUUAAGAUGAAGAUAUUUAUUGUAUUUGUUUUGUGAUGGACGAGUUAUUUUACGACGAGACGAUUUAUAUGGCCAACGUGUUGAAAAACACCUCACUCAUUACGAAAUAAGGAAUUGACUAUGUUAUCUAUCAGAAUUUAUAUGUUUUAUAUUCAAUGUUUUGACAAUAAGUACGAGCUAUCCAUUCUUCAAAUAUUUUUCAGCUUCGAAUUUUGAUUGUGUAAUGAAAUGUUCCUGCUUAACUGUGAAUUUUUGUGGUUAUAUUAAUAGUUAUAACGAGAAGUUAUAAAAUUAUUUUUAAGAAUCAUUUCUUCCUCAAAAUCAGUCCUUUGUAUGGUGUUGAUGAUACUGUUGCUCAAGUGAACUUUAAUUAUCUACGUGUAGUAUCUAUGUACUAUUUAUUUAGUUCUGUGAUUCAAUAAAGUUAUGUA